AUGUUGCAAGAGUUAUGGGAAUUGGGCCACAAGAAGGAGGUAACUCUUUACCAUGUCACAGGACACUUCCCCUUAUGCAGUCUGGGCAAUGAUGAAGCUGAUGAGCUGGAUAAGGACUCAGUGGCCUUUGAGGAUGUGGAUGUCAACUUCACCCUGGAGGAGUGGGCUAUGCUGGAUCCUUCCCAGAAGAAACUCUACAGAGAUGUCAUGGGGGAAAUCUGUACACACUUGGCUUCUAUAGGAAAAAGAUGGGAAGAUGAGAACAUUGAACAUCAGUACAAAAAUCACAGCAGAAAUAUAAGGCACAUCUUAUCUCGCACCAGACCCAAACCACAUGAGAAUCAGGAAUAUGGAAAGAAACCAUAUAAACACCAGCAGUGUGGGAAAGACUUCUGUUAUCUCCACUCCUAUCAAAUUCAUGAAAGGACUCACACUGGAGAGAAAUGGAAUGAACAUAAAGAAAGGGGUACAUCCUUUAUUUCUCUGGCAAGUGUUCAAAGACACAUGAAAACACACACUGGAGAUAGACCUCAUAAAUGUGAAAUAUGUGGAAAAGGCUUUGACUGUGCCAGUUCAUGUCAAAGUCAUGAACAUAUCCACUCUGGAGAGAAACUCUAUGAAUGUAAGCAAUGUGGCAAAGCCUUCAGUCACUCUUGUUCUCUUAGAGUGCACGAAAGAACUCACACUGCAGAGAAGCCCUAUGAAUGUAAACGCUGUGGUAGAGCCUUCAUUCACUCUGGUCACUUUCGAGAACAUGAAAGAACUCACACUGGAGAGAAGCCCUAUGAAUGUAAACAAUGUGGUAAAACCUUCGGGUGGCACAGUUCCUUUCGAGUACAUGAACGAACUCACACUGGAGAGAAGGCCUAUGAAUGUAAACAUUGUGGUAAAGCCUUUGGUUAUUCCUCUUCCUGUCGAAAACAUGAACGAACUCAUACUGGAGAGAAGCCCCACGAAUGUGAACACUGUGGUAAAGCUUUCACUUGUUCUGGCUCCCUUAAAGUACAUAAGAGAACUCACACUGGGGAGAAGCCCUAUGAAUGUACACAAUGUGGUAAAGCCUUUAAUAAUUCCUCUUCCUGUCAGAAGCAUGAACGAACUCACACAGGAGAGAAGCCCUAUGAGUGCACACAAUGUGGUAAAGCUUUCAGUUGUUCCUGUUCUCUUAUAGUACAUAAAAGAACUCACACUGGGGAGAAACCCUAUGAAUGUACGCAAUGUGGUAAAGCCUUUAAUAAUUCCUCUUCCUGUCAGAAGCAUGAACGAACUCACACAGGAGAGAAGCCCUAUGAGUGCACACAGUGUGGUAAAGCUUUCAGUUGUUCCUGUUCUCUUAUAGUACAUAAAAGGACUCACACUGGGGAGAAGCCUUAUGAAUGUACGCAAUGUGGUAGAGCCUUCAGCCAUUCCAGUUCAUUUCGAAGACAUGAAAAGACUCAUACUGGAGAUAAACCCUAGGAAUGUAAGCAAUGUGGUGAAGCUUUCAUUUGUUCCAGUUUCUUUCAAAAGCAUAAAAGAAUUCACACUGGAGAGAAACCCUAUGAGUGUAAGGAAUGUGGGAAAGCAUUCACUUUUCUUUCAAGUGUUCGAAGUCACAUGGUAAUACACACUGGAGAUGGACCUUAUAAAUGUAAGGUAUGUGGGAAAGCCUUUGACCGCCACAGUUCAUUUCACAUGCAUGAAAGGGCUCACAAUGGAGAAAAACCCUAUGAAUGUAAGCAAUGUGGUAAAGCCUUUGGUUGGUCCAGUUCCUUUCGAAGACAUGAAAGAACUCACACUGGAAAGAAACCCUACAAAUGUAAACAAUGUGGUAAGGCCUUUAGUUUUUUUAGUUCUCUUCAAAGACAUGAAAGAACUCACACUGGAGAGAAACCCUAUGAAUGUAAACAAUGUGGAAAAGGCUUCAUUUCUCUCACAAGUGUCCGAAGACACAUGAUAGUACAUACUGGAGAAGGACCUUAUAAAUGUAAGGUAUGUGGAAAAGCCUUUGGCAGCCACAGUUCAUUUCACAUGCAUGAAAGGGCUCACACUGGAGAAAAGCCCUAUGAAUGUAAGCAAUGUGGUAAAACCUUCAGUUGGUUCAGUUCCUUUCAAAGACAUGAAAGAACUCACUCCGGAGAGAAACCAUAUGAAUGUAAAGAAUGCGGAAAAGCCUUCAUUUUUCUCGCGGGCAUUCGACGUCAUAUGGUAGUACACACUGGAGAUGGACCUUAUAAAUGUAAGAUAUGUGGGAAAGCCUUUGACCGUCCCAGUUCAUUUCACAUGCAUGAAAGGACCCACAAUGUGGAAAAACCUUAUGAAUGUAAACAGUGUGGUAAAGCUUUUGGUUGGUCUAGUUCUCUCCGAAUACAUGAAAGAACUCACACUGGAGAGAAACCUUAUGAAUGUAAACAAUGUGGUAAAUCCUUCAGCUGUUCCACUUACUUUCGACGGCAUGAAAAAACUCAUACUGGUAAGAAUGCUAAAUGUAAGGAAUGUGGAAAACCCUUCCGUUGGUCCAUAUACUGACAAAGACAUGUACAAAUGUACACUGGAUUGAAACCCUAUCAGUUUUAAAAAUGCAGGAUGGUUUUAAGUUUUAACAAAGCCAUGUGAAAACUCACACCGCUGUAAAACUUUAUAAAUGUCAGUAAUAUGAAAAGCAUGAUGGAAAUUCAAUUAUAUAAUGCUCUAAAAAAUUUACAACAUGAAAUGUGUUGUAAAAUAAUAAAUAUAUUUAUCAGUGCCUUAUUUCUUAAAGUGGAUCUAUGGACUAUUGAUUUCUACUUUUGCAAAGAAACAUUGAGGUGAGAUAGUCCUGUAAGUAGUCUUUAAGCAAUAGUACAUGAGUUUAAUAGUUUUGUUUUUAGGUGAGUUAAUAAAUGUUUUCUCAUUUUGAAUUGAAGUGUAUUGUAUCUAUGGGAGAAUUGAUGUAUAUUAUUAAUAUGCAGGUAUGUUUACUUUUUAUAUACUUUAAUUGUUCAUUGACCAAUGGACCAUUUUUAAAUGAAUCUUUGUUAAUUACUGAGGUUUUUGUACUGACCUAUAUGGCAGGUACUAGAUACCUCUCAUCUAUUAUAUAUAUUCUACCAUUAUUUCUCAUGGGAAAAAUAACAUUUAAAAAAAUGGAGCAAAAAGCUUUAUUCAAUUUUUCUUCCUA